AGGAUCUCUGUAAUCUAUAUCCUAUAAGUUAUGUUGUGGGUUUUGUUUGUCAUGUUGUUAGUUGUGUUCAUGUAAUACUUUUGCAAUGUGUAUGCUGUUAGCUGUGUUCAUGGGUUUAUGUUUACAGUCUGAGUAGUCUUUGGCCCUGGAACUGGAAAGAAAACAGAUGGUUAAUGGGUUCAUGGGUAUGUUGUUAGCUGUUAGCUGUGUUCAUGGGUUUAUGGGUUUGCUUACUCUUAUGUUUACAGUUUACUUUGAAGAUAGUUGCAGAACCUUUGAAGAGAAACAAUGACAUCCAUCCAUGGAACUGAUAAUCUUACAUGGAGUGACGAACAAACACGCUUCUUUCUUCAACUAAGACUUGAUGAGAAUCUGAAAGGAAACAUAAGAAAACAGAUGGUUAAUGAGGCUGGGAGACAGGCGAUAAUAGAUAAGUUCUAUGAGGCAUUUGGUGUAAAAAUUCCAUGGAGAAAAUUUGGGAUAAAGUACAAUACUUGCAAGAAGCAGUAUGAGUCUUUUAAGAAGUUGACUCGGAACAGAACGGGGCUUGGUUUUGAUUCAACCGGAUUCAUCAACAUGAGUGAGGACUGGUGGAAUGAGCGAUGCAAGGUACAAGUUCUAUGAUCCUCUUAAUUUUACUGGUUCAGUUUUGAUUGUAUUGU